UGUUUCGCCAUGGGGUCCCUUUGCGACUGCAUGUUCUCAAACCGUCAAUUUUAUGCUACAAUAUAAGCCCUCAGCGCCCCUACAUUCUCUGCCCUCAUUCAACCUCGAUUUCCAUUCUGCGUGCUUAAUCCCUCUCUCAUUCUCGUUCCUUUCAGGUUUUCUUAUUACCGAGCCGGCCCUCGCAUUGCGCCUUUCAGUCCUUCGCCUUCACCCAACAUACCAUUUUACAACCCGCAGCGCGGACGCUUCCACUCUUUUUAAGGCCUAAUACCACAACUGAACAUUCAAAAUGAAGACCUUCGCCAUCCUAUCUCUGGCCAUUAGCGCCGCCUCUGCCACUUAUAAUAGCGCAGUCGCACCGUCUGGUACUGUAGCUGCUGCAGCGGGCGCUGUGACACAUACCGUCACUGUAGGAGGUGUCAAACCAGCUGCAGACCCUUCCGGCACCCCGACCCCGAUAUUAGGCUACUCGCCCGAGGCCAUCAGUGCUGCCGUAGGCGAUGUGGUCGAGUUCGUCUUCAUGCAGAAGAACCACACUGUUACGCAAUCCACAUUCGCCAACCCUUGUGUAAAGAUGGCUGGAGGUAUCGACUCAGGCUUCCUGCCAAACCCUUCGGGAAAGCCCGGCGUCACGUUCCAGAUGACAGUUCCGGCCACAGACCCGAUGUGGUUCUACUGUAAACAAAAGAACGGCACCCACUGCGGCAAGGGCAUGGUCUUUUCCGUCAACGCCGUCGAAUCUAGCGAGAAGAAUUCGGCUGCCUACAAGCAGCUCGCCAUCGCGCAGAACGGCACUGGUCUUCUACCCGCCAACAUCGCUCCCAGCGGCGGCGCCUCAGCCGCUCAAGCACCGCCUGCAAGCACCGUCACCAUCGCCGCAGGAGCAUCCGCCGCUGCCACUAUCGCUGCUGGCCAAGGGCAGACGGGCGAUGGACAGGCGUGCUCGUGCGCGUGCUUGUGCGGCGCCAACUCUUUCCCGCAGGCUGCGGCAGUGAACUCCUUCGGUGGGUUCGCGGGUAUGCUGUCGUAAACGUCUUGACGAACAUGGGUUGUGGGAAAAAGACGGGGCUAAGAAUGGGCAAGAGGUGUAAUGUCAUGCCAACAGCAUUUGAAAUGGAAUGUUCAGUUCUGGAAAGGCGCCGUGGUUGCUGUUGAGUAGCAGACUGACCCUGGUUCUUGGUGGUCUUCGAAGUUGGAGGGAUGGCGUUUUAUGCAUUAUACCGUAAUUGCUCUUGGAAGGCGCAUUGAUUGUGCGUCUUUGUAGAAAUAAGAUAGAUCUUGAAUGGGACGAGUUUGAGACACAUACUUUCCA